AUGCUCUCAUUAUUUAGCUCUUUGUUCGAUUACGCAGAUGGUCAAGUGUACACCGGUUCGACGUCUGCUCGGCGGCGUGGCUUCCGGACAUUUAGUUUGCUACUACGGCUUCUUGCGGCCUCAGAGAAGACUCAAGAAGCUUCCAUAAAUUGUGAGAAAAACUUGAUGGAGAGCGUUCGUGAUAUUCUCACUGACUGCUUACCCACAACCUCCCCGAUGCCGGAUCCCUCUCAAGAGCUUGUUGUCUGGGCCAAUUUUGAGAAUUUUUCCUCUUCCUUCCUGGGAAGUGAGAAAAUAUCCUUUCUUCUCCUUAUAAGCACUAAUCAUGGAUUUUACAUUUGGGCCAUAGUGAAUAAUGGACAGGCAUCACUGUUACUUUCAUGCGUGGGGCUCUAUGCUCUUGGAGCCAAACUCUUGACUGAUCCCCAUGCUGAAUUCAUCGAUUACAAAAAGGAUUCACGUCCCCUUAUUGCAAUAUGCAGCGAGCAAAGUAAUUCCAAAUGGAACGUUUACUUUACUUCUCUUCUCACCGGUGCUAUUGUGGUCAACUACUCCUCCCCAUCCUAUGUUUCCUCCCUCGAGGCUAAUCGACGGUUUUUACUCUUUUUUGCUCAUCAAUUCUCUUACAGAUUUGUGCUUGUGAAUCGUGUUGAUUGCAUUUCCGUUCUGUCAGCUCACACUCUCCUGGAACUGUUUACUGUCGGAUAUAUAAAAACGAUUAGCAAAUCAAUGCUAGCCAAGAGUCUCCCCGUCGCUUUGGGCACCCGGUGGUUAGCUUUCCCUGAUGUUCGGCCAAUCUAUCAUCACAUGUCUCGAUGUGGUGAUGCAAGUGACGAUUCAUCAAAACCCGUUGCCACGACUGUGCUCAAUGUAAACAAACGCUUUUGGGACGGUCUAUCGGCGCUAGCAAGCAGUGUAUCAAUAGGUUCGUCCAAUCCGCACACCCGCUGUCCCCUCUCCAUGGAGUGCCAGUCAAUGGAGGCCACGGGUGAUCCUUCCCCAUCCUCCUCCACUGCGAGCUACGUCUCCGUGGUGGACCUAGUUCGCCUCUCUGAAAACUACAGUGCCUUUGAGAACCAGAAGCUGCUCAGUUCGCCUGCCUCUGAGGCGGAGACCAAUCAGGAGGCUCAGAUGCAGAUGGAACAGCAAUAUGUUUUGGGCGCUGUGCCGACUUACUCCGUCUUGCAGCACCCGCAUGUCUGCUCCACACUGAAGCGCCAUCCCUGCCAUCACUGUCACUCCCAGCGGCAGAUGCAUCAGGGUCAGCAGACAAUGGUGGGGGGAGUGGAAGAAGAGGUUCUGCUCACCCACAAGAGUGCCUCCAUCAAUGUCCAUGACUUCGCUGACAACGGCGCUCUUGUGGCUCAUUUUCUGGCACACCGGUGGGCGAACGUGGGGUACCUGGCGUUCGAUUCGACAGGUUCAUUACUCUUCACUGCCUGCUCGCAAGGUCACGCCUUCCACGUGUUCCGUAUCUCCAACCAUCCCCAGGAUUCGCGCGAGACCGCCGUUCACCACCUCUACAUCCUCAAUCGUGGCUCCACUCCUUGCGAGACAAUUGACGCUUGCUUCUCGCCUGAUUCGCGAUGGCUCGCAGUGAGCACCAAUCACGGCACCACCCACGUCUUUCCCAUUACCCCUUAUGGCGGUCCCAUCACAGUGCGGACGCACAAGCGCUCUCGGGUGGUAAAUCGGACCUCGAGGUACCAUAGAUCUUCGGGACUGGAAGAGUAUCAUCUCACGCGACCUCAGCCCUCGCGCGGUGUGGAGCCCUCCGUUAUUGCUUCCUCCUCAGUCUCCUCCGCCUCUGCGUCUGUUGGGAGCGAGUUGAAUUGGGGAAGCACGGGGUGUCGAGCGGCCGCAACAGCUACUGGUGCGGGCAUAUCUGACCUCAUUCCAACUUGCCGUGGUCGAUUUGGUGGUGUGGACCAUACCACCAGUCCUAGAGAGUCUCCGAUCAAGGAUCAAUGCACAUGCUCACCGAACGCGGUGUACAACACAACGAACCCGCGACUACCACCGUACCCCGAACCCUGCGAGCUGCAACCGGAGGCGCGUCUACGUCCACGCAUGCCCUCGCACUCCACUGCCUCGGGCUACACCGCUGCUGCGAUCAAUGCUGCCACUGCCUCCUCCGCUGUCCUUGCGGGCUAUCAGCAAAUUGCAUCGCUCCACCAAGUGCCCGGUCGUGCACCACAACCGAGUGGCACAUCGGCGCUGCGGAUGGCCGCUUCCUUCCAGUCUCCCGUGUGCUACAUCCCCCAUGCCCAAUGUGGGCGGUCUUCGGCUUCCAACGCUGUCGCCACCACCGGCCAACUGAAGGGUCAGGAUGCCAGAGGCAAUGUUGUAAACUGUUUUGUAGUGGAGGAGUUGCGUUACUGGGCUGUCUUCAAAUCGUGGUAUUGCAAAACUCGUGGACGACCAGGCGACAAGGAGGGUGAAUCGACGGCGGCAAUGGAGGUGCCGUCAGGGCGUCGACACGCUUCAGAAGCGGCAUUAACAACGGCAUCGAGUCCGUCGGAAAGCUUGCGGAGCUACCGCUCCACCAACACUGCCGCGCCUGAAGGCUGGGCCCCCGAAGACGCCGCCUCCUACUGGUGUAGUCAAGUGGAACUUACCACCCAUUUGGGACCCAUUCGUCGCAUCUGGAUGGGCCCACAGUUCACCUUCCGUGCGUAUCCUUUCGAUGUUGGUGACGCACCGAAGAGUGACUCCUACCUCUACUCGUCCGCUUGCCCCUCACCCCUGGUGGUGGGCAUCAGUUGUGGCUGCAGUGUUGGUAGUGGCGGUGGCGGUAUGAUCGGUGCCUCUGCCUCCUCCCUCAACGAGGGCCUCUACUACAUUCAUCGUUGUGGUAGGUUGACCACAAUCCGUGGUCAUCAUGGUGUCUGCAUGUGUUUUGAUGUACUGGAUGACACUGGCUUGGCCCGAAGUGUACAACAGCAGUUGACUCUAGCGGGUAGCCAGCAGCAUCAGCCACAAUUCAGUCUGAUUACACCCACCCCACUGGCGUACCUGCGACCGCAUUCACCAGUAGUCAGUGUACCACCGAAGCUGCUCGCUGCUAAACGCGACUCUCUCUUCCUCUGCGAGAGUGACUUUCCUCUGGAGCAUCCUGAAGAGGAGGAGGAGUUCAGCGUAGUUCCCACUACCAAGGAUACUUCCGAGAAGUGCUUGGUUAUACCUGGAAAGCCAACGCCACCACCAACACCCACCUUACCCUUUCCAAUGGACGAACCAGAGCCCCGGCAGCUGACAAUUACCGCCACUGAAGCUACCAGUGUUGCAGGCUCCGAUUCUGCUUUUGCAGAGGCUGGCUCCUUGAAGGCAGCAGCAGCAGCUUCACUGCCCAAUCAGAUGGACUACUUACGAAGUGGUGGGGGAAGCACCUUUUCAGAGGAAAGUUGGAGUUCAUCGCCUUCGAAGCCAGGUGCCACCUCCUCGGGUGGUGGUGGGUGGCGUCAUGUGCCGGCUUCCACGAAGACUAGGAAGGCUCGGAAGCGCGCCACCGCAAGGGAGAGGGAGGAGAAGCAGAGAGUAGAGGAGAAAAAGAAGCCGUUGAAAUUAGAACCACCGACAACGGCAAGACGACGUCGUCAUUGCAACAGGAAGUUCACUGUCGAUGAGAAGGAGGUGUUAUCGUCUCCCCCUCUUCAGGCGACCCCACCGAACACCCUUAAUCGCUGCCUUUCUGAUGGCGAGGAGGAUGACGCUGAAGGAUGGGCCGCCGAGAUCAAUCGUGAUCCAUUCUACUAG